CGGGCGUCAAUAUAAGAAAUGUUGAGUGAUGUGCAUAGUGGGUUAGAGCUUCCCCGCGAUUUCGUUGAUGCUGCCAUAGUCAGGGGAAAAUAUGAAUUUUACCAUUACAACGUAGAUGGUUUCGAUGACAGGGGUUGGGGAUGUGGAUAUAGGACACUGCAGACCAUUUGUUCUUGGGUGGGUCAUGUAUUAGAGAUUCAGAAUCAUCCAGUGCCCAGCCUUCAAGACAUACAGAAGACUUUGGUCAAAAUGGGGGACAAACCAGAUUCUUUUGUGGGAUCAAGAGAAUGGAUUGGCUGUGUAGAGGCCUGUCUCUACAUGGAUCAGACUUUUGGAGUUUGCAGUAAGAUCAUUCAUGUUUUACAAGGGGAAUCUGUGGAGCACAAAGCUGCACCAUUUCUUCUGGAACAUUUUAAACAUUUUGGUUCACCUGUAAUGAUAGGUGGAGAUGUUGAUGCUUCAUCCAAGACACUGCUUGGUGUUUGCAAGACAAACAAAGCAUUUCACUUCUUAAUUGCUGAUCCACAUUUCUAUGGAGAGGCUGCUAUGAAAGAAAUCCAAGACAGUGGCUGGGUUCAAUGGAAGAGCUAUAAUGAUGUUUUCAAAUCAAAUUCUUUUUAUAAUUUCUGUCUUCCACAGUUUAGUUUGGGUGAAGACUGAAGAUGUUGUAGCUGCAAUUUCUCUAUAUUUUUUGUUCUCUCAUGUAGUAUUUUUGUGAAGAGUCAUCUAUUUUUUUCAGAUAUUAACAACCUAUAAUGGAUAUGAACUAACUAAGAUUUUCCUGGGUGAUUUAGCCUAUUCUCCUCUGACAUUCCCAACUGUUAAGAGCAUACAACUUAUUUUUCGAGUAACAAACCAACUGUAGUUAUAACACCACACUUCAAAUUUUUUUCAGGCAAAAAAAAUGAUAGACUGAAUUUGAGUAUUCAUUUCACAAGUUAAGUAAAAGUGUUAUUGGACUCUAGAUUGAUAGAUCUUGUUUUGAGACCUAUUCAUUGUGGUGUGCUUUGGGCAAAAAUUUUACUUUGAUAAUGCUCUUUUCUAUCAAGAAGUAUGAGUGGGUAACAGAAAAACUGAGUGGAAAAAAUUGUUGAAAAUGGUUUGAGGUAACCUGUCUUGGAUUGGCACCGGCAGCCUUUACAAAAUAUCUUGUUACUUAAUGUUUUGGAAAAUGCAAUAAGCUCCUAUAGUACAAGUGACUAGCCUUUUCAAAUUCAUUUUCCUUCUAAGAUUUGGGUUUUCAUUUUGCAUUUGCUCAAAUACUGUCACAUUCUUCCCACCAGGAUCUUGUCCCAUUUUUUUCCACAAAAAAGAGACUAAACCAGAUUUUAUUUAAAAAUGUUAUUUAAUUAUGUUACAAUUCAAAUAAAAAAAAUUCAGAAAGUUAACUUAAUGCAAAUUUAGGUGCAAUUUUUAAAAUAAAAGCUGCCAAAGGUUGCAAAAUAUUUUGGUUUUUACCAGUAUAAUCAAACAAGUGAACAUUAACUGAAGAGCAAAACUGUCAAAGGUUUCAAAGAUAUAUCAAAAAAAAGACAUCUACUGCUUAAACAUGGAUUUUUUUUUUGUUUAAAUGAAAAAUUAACUGAAGGGACAAUAAUACAUGGAUAUCUGUAGCUGUAUCUGUACCAUGAAUUUUGGUUUGUUUUGUGUUUCUAUUGUAUGUCUCAGGUACACAUAAUUGCAAUUCUGUUUC